GAGCGGGCAGGUGACACCCGGCGGCCUCCGCCCCUUUUCCAGCUCGGUCGGCUGCCCGGGCAGCAGGGCCCGCUGUGAGGAGCUCCGCGCUAGCGCCGCCGCCCGCCGCCGCCCUCUGCGCCCGCGCCCGGGCACUUGGGCUCAGCUCCUCGCCGGCGGGCGCUGCCUCUUUGGCUCCCCGAGCUGCAUCCUGUCCCGACGGCAGCUGCUGGCUGAGGAGAGUGAUGAGUACACAGCGGUGGAACAGGUCGUGCCGGAGAUGGAAAUCGGAAAGCCUGUUGUUUCAUCUUACAGGAACCCAUUGUAAGGGCGAGUAAAUCCUGUGGAAAAUGGCCUUCAGUGAUCUUACAUCGAGGACUGUGCGUCUUUAUGGUAAUUGGAUCAAAGAUGCUGAUCCAAGAGUUGAAGACUGGCUCCUCAUGUCCUCGCCUCUGCCACAAACUGUCAUCCUGGGACUCUAUGUCUAUUUUGUCACAUCCCUGGGACCAAAGCUCAUGGAGAAUCGAAAGCCCUUUGAACUCAAGAAAGCGAUGAUAACGUACAAUUUUUUCAUAGUACUCUUUUCUGUGUAUAUGUGUUAUGAGUUUGUGAUGUCUGGCUGGGGUACCGGUUAUUCCUUUCGAUGUGAAAUUGUUGACUAUUCACGCUCGCCUACAGCAUUGAGGAUGGCACGCACCUGCUGGCUUUAUUACUUCUCCAAAUUUAUUGAGCUCUUAGAUACUAUCUUUUUUGUUCUGCGUAAGAAAAAUAGUCAAGUGACUUUCCUGCAUGUCUUCCAUCAUACCAUCAUGCCAUGGACCUGGUGGUUUGGAGUCAAAUUUGCCGCAGGUGGUUUGGGAACAUUCCAUGCCUUUCUAAAUACAGCUGUACAUGUAGUCAUGUAUUCCUACUAUGGACUGUGUGCAUUGGGACCAGCCUACCAGAAGUAUUUGUGGUGGAAAAAGUAUUUGACAUCAUUACAGCUUGUCCAGUUCGUUAUUGUCACUAUACACAUAGGCCAGUUUUUUUUCAUGGAGGAUUGCAAGUACCAGUUUCCAGUCUUUCUGUACAUCAUUAUGAGUUACGGGUGCAUCUUUCUGCUGCUCUUUCUCCAUUUUUGGUACCGUGCUUACACCAAAGGUCAGAGGCUACCCAAAACAGUGAAAAAUGGAAUCUGCAAAAACAAAGAUCACUGAAAUUCAAGCACAGCAUAAAUCUAUGAAUAAGACUGAUAUCUUGUCUUCCUUGACAAUCAAGAGAUAUUUCCAUGUGCAGUGCAUUUUGUAUAUUUUUCAAAACUAAGAGCUUGUAUUUUUAUGAUAAGUUAUUGGGGUUUCUGAUAUUUGAGAGCCCAAAGCUCCCAGAUAACAGUCUUCUGAUAAUUAGAGCCUAAAGCAGCCAGUUUUUCAGCUGCUUUUAAACCUAAUCUAAAGGUUUUAUUUAACACAUUUUGUUAGCUUGAAAGAAGGAUGUGAAACAGUAGAGUACUCUUCAAAGAAGUCCAGUAUAGAUGAAAAAUAUCGUUAGAUAUUUUGAGCACGGACAGAGAUCCAUGCCGUACAGUAGAUUCCUUCUGCCGGGUCUGGAAACCUUUAACUGUGGGCUCUGGCUUUGUUGCUUGUUGACUAUAUUCAGAAGACACUGUAUUUACUCUAAACUUAAAUUCCCAUUCUAAAGAGCUAAUAGGGCGAACGUUCAGUGUAUUUUUGAUCAGUUAUCAUUUAAAAUCACUAAUGGUAAUUUUUAAUGGAUCUUUUGAGUAGCCGGCACCAGUUUUGCUUGUAAGACUUCCUCACAACGCUUUUGUUGUGUAAACUGUUUAAAAGUGACAAUCCUUUAGGGUAAUACAUUGAUGCACUUGAAACUAAGGUUAAGUUAUUAUUUUGAAAACAAGGUGAUUUGUUCUGAUGGCUUAAUGAACACUUUGCUAUCACCGUUUUGCAAUGAACUUUGUAUAUUUCGGGAAAGAGGUGAAUUUAUCAAUGGAAAAAAUAGUUGUCUGUGGUGUUGUCAUGUCACUUUCUCAUAUCAUGGUUUAAAGGAUUAUCUUGGUUAAAUAUAUAUUGGUUAGAUGUGUAAAUGUUCAUAUCACUGGCACACACUAAAUGAUUUUAGACCACCCAGGGAUGGGUUAAGGGUGGCUUGUGAAGCAACUGGAAGCAAAUGGUGGCACAGAGAUUAUCCAGGCAAGAUUUGGUGACAAGGGUCUCUCUCAUAAUGAGAGAGAGCAAGAGAGAGACUGUAUAAUAGUUAUUGUUAUAGAUUCACUGCAUGGAAAAAUAUUUUCCAGAAUUAUGAAUUAAUUAACAGCCUGGAAUUCUUUUUCUCAACCUUAUAAACUAUAUAAUGAGGGACUGAAAUUCAUUCUGCAUAGCUCUCAUUUCUUUAAAAUUGCUCCUUUCUAAAAGUCAUAUUUUCUUGUUGGAGAACCCAACUACUGAUCAGUAGAGUUUUGCCCAAGAAACAGCAAUAUUUGGACAUUUCUGAAUUUUUCCACAGUGUUUUUUUUUCUUGUUCUAUUUUACUUGAUUUUGAAGGAUUGCUUAUGCUUGUAUGACUGUAAGCAGUUAGUACCCCAGUAAUUGUGUAACACACAGUGAUACUUACUGUACAAUAAAGGCUGAGUUUUUACCAACUGUAAACUCCUAGAGGUAGGUGUCUCCCUCCUAAUCCAUUAAUCUGUACCAUGGCCUUUUCUCUUCACACUCAGCAAAUUAGUAAGGUUAUUUGCCUUUAGUGACUUCACUCGCUUACAAUAUGAGAAUUUGAGGGUUGAUAAAAGGGGAGAUUUCAUUUUUUUUUAAUAAAUAGUAAAGAACAGGAGAGCAAAGCUAAAAGAAACAGCAGCUCUAAUUUAUUUCUCUGUGAGAGUCUCAGGGUUCCUUAAGUGUUUUCCUGUUUUUCUCUUCAAAUCCAACCAGUGCUAAAAUGAGGAGGUACGGUAGAUGCUGUUACACAUACACACAAUUCCCAAAGACCCCAGUAGGGUAAAGACCAAAAGGAAGCAAAACUAAAAGAAGAGAAAACAGGAGAGUUUGUUUCUUCUCUUGCAUACUUUCUGCCCUGCACUGUACAACCCCUCCUUGUCUCCGUGUAGUCUUUAAAAUGUUUGCUGUGCCUGUGAACUAACAGCAACAUGUGACAGAAUCACAUUCUACAUUAUAUGAAUAGGAGUGGAGAGCUAGAAUGUUACAUGAAAAGAAAUCACAGCUGGCAGAGGUAACCUCCGUAUGAACAGCAGCAGAUUAGAAUGGGUAUCACUGGAUGUAGGAUUGGAUGGGCCUUGUUUUAUUAAACAGCUCUGUGGGUCACAUAGAGUUUCUGCUGGAGUUUCAUCCCACUUUCCAGGACUUCCUUGCCUUUGGGUUUGCUUACCUAACAAAUAAAAAGGCCAAAAGGCCAGCUGCAAAAUCUGGCUUAUGACAUAAAGCUCUAUGAAUCCUUUAGAACCUAUAUCUAUAUUACAAAUAAAUGCAAAUGUAAAAUUUUAAAUAUCUGUGGGACAUUGCCAUUUUACAGUCUUAAUUGAGUAGAAUUCUUAACUGAGCAAACUACAUUGUUACAUAAAUUAUAAGAUUAUGAUGUUACAUUUCUUCAAUUAUCCCUUAUCUCUGUUAACUACUUUUAACGACUGUGGAAAACUCUGUGGAUACUGUCAAAGUUUGGGUUUGGUUUUUGGUGUGUGUAUUAUAAUAAAUUUGUGGU